ACUACUCUGGAACAGUCUGGAUUUUGGAUGUCGUGUUUUUCCCUCAUUUCAGGCAAAUUCAAGAUGAGCAUCCAAGAAGAUUCAGUUCUGAGUAACGGUGUUGCAGUCGGGGAUGGUGACACUGAGAGCAUCCCCUCCCAAACAGACCAGACUGUGUCGGACUUAACAGAUUUAAAGACGUACUCCACUGUCAUCCUCAACGGAGAAGCCACCACAGCUGAGCUCAGGGCAACAUCCACUUCAGAGGACCAGGAGACUGAGGCUCCGGUCAAACCUCCCAGAUCUCCUGAGCUGGAGGAAAAAACGGAGGGACUUCCACCCGAAGAGCCCAAGGCAGUUCCACUGUCCAGUGGGAUCGCCACCCUGGCCCCGGCCGACCAGCUGUGGAGCGUCAGCAGAAACGAGGCAGUCCAGCUGCGGAUGGAGGGCUCAGGCCAGGCCUCCGAGACUCCCAUCACCAUCCAUCAGAUGUUCCUGGAGACGGUGGAACACUACGGAGACUAUUCUGCCUUGAUGUCCAAAGAAGAGGGCCAGUGGGUGACUCUGACAUGGAGGCAAUACUACGAGCAGUGCAGGGCAGCUGCCAAAAGUUUUCUCAAGUUGGGGCUGGAGCGUUACCAUGGCGUGGGCAUUCUGGGAUUCAACUCCCCUGAGUGGUUCAUCUCAGACAUCGGCUGCAUCCUGGCUGGUCAUCUGACAUGGACGGCCCGUACGGCGUCUACCUUGGUAGAUUUCACCUAUGGCGUGGAGGUGUUGGUCAGUUACUUACCGCUCAGCCACGUGGCCGCCCAGAUGAUAGACAUGUGGCUCACCAUGGUCUUUGCGGGAACCGUCUACUUCGCAGACCCAGAUGCCCUCAAGGGCUCUUUAGGAACCACACUGAAAGAGGCUCGCCCGACUUAUUUCAUGGGGGUCCCUCGAGUGUGGGAGAAGAUGCAGGAGAAGAUGAGAGCCAUCGGCGCCAAGGCAUCUCCGAUGAGGAAAAGAGUGGCGGACUGGGCCAAGUCCAUUGGCCUGCAGUACAGCUACAGCGCCAUGAAUGGGGAGAAUGUGGUGCCCUGGGGUUUCAUGCUGGCCAACAAUCUGGUCUUCAAAAAGGUGCGUGCCGCGCUGGGCUUAGACCGCUGCAAGAUCUGCUUCACAGGCGCCGCCCCCAUCACCAAAGACACUCUGGAAUACUUCAUGAGCCUAAACAUGCCACUGAUGGAGCUGUACGGCAUGAGUGAAAGCUCCGGCCCUCACACCGUCUCCAUUAACGACAGCUACCGCAUCUCAAGCUGUGGGAAGGUGAUGCCAGGCUGCAAGACGAAGCUGGAGAACCCAGAUGCGGACGGGAACGGAGAGAUCUGCUUCUGGGGUCGGAACGUCUUCAUGGGCUACCUGAACAUGGCCGACAAAACAACAGAGGCUCUCGACGACGACGGCUGGCUGCACUCUGGAGACCUGGGAAAAAACGACCAGUACGAAUUCCUGUACAUCACAGGAAGGAUCAAGGAGUUGAUCAUCACCGCCGGUGGAGAGAACAUCCCUCCCGUGCCCAUCGAGGAUGCACUGAAGGCGGAGGUGCCAAUUAUAAGCAACUCUAUGCUGAUCGGAGACAAGCUCAAGUUCCUCUCCAUGCUGCUCACGCUCAAAUGCGUUGUCGAUGACAACGGUGACCCCACAGACGAGCUGAGCCCCGAGGUGCUGGACUUCUGCCAGCAGCAAGGCGUCACGGCAACCAAGGUGUCGGAGAUCAUAGCCAAUAAGGAGCCAGCUGUCUACAAAGCCAUUCAGGAGGGCGUGGAGCGUAUCAACGCCAAAGCAACAUCCAACGCCAUGAAGGUCCAGAAGUGGGUCAUAGCGGAGACAGACUUCUCCAUCGUUGGAGGAGAACUGGGACCCACCAUGAAACUCAGGAGACCCAUCGUUGUGAAGAAGUACCAGGAGAAAAUAAACGAAAUGUACGCAGUGAACAAACCGUAGACUGCACCGCACACAGAGACAACAUAACACUGAAGAGCGACACAUGGGGCAUGUUUAUGAACACUGCAUCGUGCCCAGACGAGAGGCCGAGGAAUGUAUGAACCUCUUUUCACCUGAAUGUUAAAAGUGCAAAGUGAUUUAUAGGAAGAGCGGAAAAGCCCUGAUUCUGAUUGUCUUAUAUUUAAUGAAAUAGAGGUUUGUGCUGCUAUGUUUUAAUAUGAGGAGUUCUCCAGAAACUGUAGAGGAGUCUGUAUGUUGUCUGUUCCAAAACUGAUAUUUAAGCUACAACGGUGCACUUUUUGUAAAUACAACAUCCGAACCGGAGCCAAACCUUGCCAUUGACCAUAUGGCGUACACGGCAGUUGAACUGUACACUGUGACUCAGCUCCAAAGCCACAUACAGGGUGGGAAUCACUGGAUGGUGUCAGCAUCAUUAAAACACUAAACAGUCACAUUUUUAAAGGAGAUUUUAGGAAUAUUAAAGUCUCCUGGGUGAUCGCGAGCAAAUGUAUUCUGUUUUUGAAGCAGCAGUAUCUAUUUAAAUAUUUUACAGCAUUACUUGCUUUUGCGUCUCAUGUUUUGUACAAAAGAUAAUCCCCAUCCGGCAAAAGCUGCAGGCAUUGCCCCUGUAGAUUGGAGGUGACGUUUGAUGAAGUGUUUUUAUAAUGUAAGAGGAAUAUUAUUAGUAUGAAUUCCAACAAUCGCAAAUGUGCAAAUUAUUCUGCAUAUAUUUGAAUGUUGUGCUUCUCCAUGUACAGUUUGACAAAUUCUGAAAUGUUUAUUUUGUGAUGAAUAGAAAAUUAUACUGUCAAUAAAAAGCGAGUGAUUU